AAAUAGUUCUAGACUAGAAGCAAGAUGGUGGUUAAAGUUUUCGAGAUUAUAUGAAAUCCUUGAAAUCAAUGUGAAUAAAUUAUUGUAUAUGAUUUCGUUCUGACAUUUCUGUGAAAUCAUUCAUCGAUAGUAAUUUUCAACUUGAAUAACUGGCCAGUACCGGCAUUCAUCGUUAUCUAUCUAUUCUGUUGAUGUUCCAGGAACAUUUUACCUAUCUAAUUUUAAAUACUCUCUGCAAAUAUGUCUACAUUGUUGUGCAAAAAUUCCGUAGUUAGAAUAUACCAAGAAGUGAUCGAGGAUGUAAUAUCAGGGGUAAGAGAACUAUUUUUGGAAGAUGGAGUGGAUGAACAAGUUUUGCAAGAACUGAAGCAGACAUGGGAAACGAAAUUGAUGAGCACGAAAGCCGUUCAGGAUGAACCGGUGGAGAAAGUAGUGAAAAAGACUGAGACUGCCAGUAAUGGUUUCCCCAAGGUUGUUAAUUCCAUACAGCAACCUGUUGCUACCCAGCAAGUUCAACAGUUACUUCAGCAACCUACACAGCAGCCACAAUUAACACAAAUUCAUCAACUAGACAAACAGGUACCAAUACAAAUCACUCUACCCCCACAACCUGGGUCUGAUGGGGCCCAGAGAGUUCUGACAAUUCAAGUCCCAGCAUCAGCCUUACAAGGCAAUCAGCUGCAAAAGGUUCUGACAGGUCCUGUGAUAACUGCCACUAUGGGACUUCCAGCAAAUAUAGCCUCAUCUUUGCUACAACAACAUGUCAAUGCUGCAUUCAACAGUCAACAGCAAGCCACUGUAGCCAUAGUGAACAAAUCUGUAAUUCAGGCUGAUGGGGCAGCAGACACAGAUGAGGACAGUAUUGAUCCAACUCCCUGUACAUCAUCAUCUGUUGAAGGAAUUCUGGAGAAAUCUGAGGAAGGAAUAAGCAUAGAAAUCAUUCUUCCCAGAAACAAGAGGAGAAAAGAUACAAAGAUGAAGAAGUUGAAACAUGCAGUGCUCAGUCAAAUUGAUGGGCCACAUGAUACAUCUGAUGAUGAUGAAGAUGGUUCUGAUGAUGACAAUGAUGAUGAUGAUUUGGAUGAUGACAAAGAUGAAGAAGAUCAAGAAAUGGAAGAUGAAGGCGGCGAAGAGGAACCCCUGAAUUCCGAAGAUGACGUCACAGACGACGACCCCACCGACCUUUUCGACACAGACAACAUAGUCGUGUGCCAGUAUGACAAGAUCAUAAGGAACCGAAACAGAUGGAAGUUCUAUCUGAAGGAUGGAAUCAUGAAUUUGAAUGGGGCGGACUAUGUCUUCCAGAAGUCGACUGGCGAUGCAGAGUGGUGAAAUUAUGUAACUAUAAAUAUAGGAAUCUGAGAGACUGUUUUUUUUUGUAUAUUAGGCAAAAUGUGUUUUGUUAUCAAAUAUGAAUUUCGUUCUGGUGAACAUAUCAUAUUAAGGUGUUGAUAAGUUUCCAUAAAUCAAUUUCCACAAGAUGAGAGGCACGCACAAUAACAGCUGAUUGCUUUUUAUUUGUUCAAAAAAACCUGAAUCAAAUCAUCUUCCUCAACAAACAUAUAGUUUCUUUUGACUUUUUUGUACUUGUAAUACAAUAUGAAAUCC